GGCCGAGGCCAUGCGGGGCCCGGGCGGCGGGAGCCUGCGGCAGGCGCUGUCCCGGCAGGCGCUGUCCCGGCCGGCCCAGGCCCGCGCCGAGCUGCCGGCCCUGCGGGCGCUGCCGGGGGCGGCGGGCGGGGACGGGCCGGGGCAGCGCCUCCCCCGCGGGGGCGGGGCGAGCGCGGCGGCGGCGGCGGCGGCGGCAGCAGCGGCGGCGGCCGCGGCCUCCGGCGCCCUGCUCGGCGCCUGUCUGGAGCGCCACGGUCCGCCCGCGGCCUCGGAGUUGCCGGCGCCGGGCGGGGCCUUGGCGGGCGGCCCCGGCAGCGGCGGCGUGGUGGUCGGCGUGGCGGAGGUGAGAAGCUGGCGUUGCUGCUGCCUCGGCAGCACCUGUUGGUGCCGGAGCCUCGUGCUGGUCUGCGGGCUGGCCGCCCUGUGCUUCGCUUCUCUGGCCCUGGUCCGCCGCUACCUGCAGCACCUCCUGCUCUGGGUGGAGAGCCUCGACUCGCUGCUGGGGGUCCUGCUCUUCGUCGUGGGUUUCAUCGUGGUCUCGUUCCCCUGCGGCUGGGGCUACAUCGUGCUCAACGUGGCCGCCGGUUACCUGUACGGCUUCGUGCUGGGCAUGGGUCUGAUGGUGGUGGGCGUCCUCAUUGGCACCUUCAUCGCCCAUGUGGUCUGCAAACUGCUGCUCUCCGCCUGGGUGGCCGCCAAGAUCCAGAGCAGCGAGAAGCUGAGCGCCGUUAUUCGUGUCGUGGAGGGCGGAAGCGGCCUCAAAGUGGUGGCGCUGGCCAGGCUGACCCCCAUCCCCUUUGGGCUUCAGAAUGCAGUGUUUUCGAUUACUGAUCUCUCAUUACCCAGCUACCUGAUGGCAUCUUCAGUUGGACUGCUUCCCACCCAGCUUCUGAAUUCUUACCUGGGUACCACACUGCGAACAAUGGAAGAUGUCAUUGCCGAACAGAGCAUUAGUGGAUAUUUUGUGUUUUGUUUACAGAUUGUUAUAAGCAUAGGCCUCAUGUUUUAUGUAGUUCAUCGAGCUCAAGUGGAAUUGAAUGCAGCUAUUGUAGCUUGUGAAAUGGAACUGAAAACUUCUGUGGUUAAAGGCAAUCAAGCAAAUACCAGCGGCUCUUCGUUCUUCAACAAGAGGACCCUAACAUUUUCUGGAGGUGGAAUCAAUAUUGUAUGAUUCUAACAAAACUGUGUGAUGGUCAAGAGCCACUAGUGUGCUGGCCUUCACCGGUGGGCGAAAGACUAGUUCUCACUGUAUUACGGCACAAACAAAACUGACUAGUUUUUAAAUUGCACAAUUUUUUUAAGGCAAGAAUCCUUUUCUGGAUAUAUAAAUGUAAAUGCAGAUGCAAUUUCGGCUGCACCUCUUCAUUAUGCCUGUAACGGCCAACAGGUCUGCACUUUAGUGUUUUGGUAAUUGUUUUCUUUCUGGGUACUUAAGAACAGAGAAAUAACCCAAAUUUUUUUUUUCCUGCUUACUGCCUUUAUUUAUAAAAUCCAUAAAUAGUUGUGUGCAUCUUUCCCUCUUCUAAAGAGGAGUAAAGUAUGCAGUUUUA